AUGAGGGACCCUCCCGAACGGCUCCGAAAAGCUGUCAUCGACGGCAACUUGCCCAUCACAAAACGACUUCUAGCAAGGUUUCCUGAGCUCUGGCUCAAUACGGAUCCAACAAACAAAGGGUGGUGCAACUUGCAUUAUGCUGCGUUCCAAGGCAACUACCUUGUAUGUUUCCACCUCAUGUCGCUAAAAAGACGCGCUUUUGCUGCCUCAGAUAUGGAUAUGUUGACCUUCGAUAACUUGACGGUGCUCCACAUGCCCAUUUUCCGUCAUCAUUCACAGACAUUACACUAUUUGCUUCAGGAGUUUUCUGGGCACGCUUGGAUCAAUCAUAAGGGUGGCGAUCUCGAAAGAACUCCCCUUCACUACUGCUGUAUAUGUUUCUUCACUGAUGGUCUCAAGCUCCUACUAGAGUUUGGCGCUGACUGGAAGUUAACCGACAAAAAUGGAGACACUUGUCUCCAUUUGUGCUUUGCUUACGGAGAUAAGGCAGGCUUGCGGGAAUUGGUCAAGUGCAUUGUGGCCAAAUGCCUCAGGUCGCUUCAUGAAGUGGGACAGUCCCUGGUUCCAGCAAGAGAGGCCAUUUUGGCUGAGCUAAUGGAGUUUGAGGAUAUCAGGAAUAACCAUGGCUUUAAAGCUAUAGACUACGCUGCAUCCUUCGAUCUCCAGACCUUGUAUAAAGAAAAUCGGACGUCGUGGGUGGAAGCAGCCAUAGAGGAAGAGAGCAUGCUUCUCAAGCUGCGUCUAGAUAAUUGGGACUCUGUAUUGGCAUUCACUCCAACUGGAGGUUCUGCUAAGUUUGACACUUCAUCUUUGCAUCCAUCCAGUCAGUCUUCAGCAUCUUCUUUAACUGCCCCUGACUCAUCUUCCCUAGCAAUUUCUCAAGCAACAAAGCCGUCGAUUCUGCCCGAGAAAGAUGAAAGCGUCGCAAAGCAGACACGCACUCAUCUGUCGUCUCUAGGCAACGAUGCGUCUCAUUUUUCGCCUCUGGAUAAGGCGGCUCGUAGAAGAGCUAAUACCUCCAUUGUGCAAGGUUACAAACCGCCACCUCCCCCACUAGCAUUGAAUACCCACUCGAAUCUGAGCGGCAGCUCCAAGAGUAACGUCAAGAUGUCGAGUCCAGUAACCCCGUUGCUGAUUGAUUUUCCGAAGACUCCUUCAUUGAAAUCGGUGACUAUAUCUCCUUCAGUGAGAGGCUCUAAAAGACGCACUAGCAUCAAUAGCCUUACUGCUGCUGCCACCGAGCUGGUGAAGGAAAGUACUCCAGACGAGUCGCUGCUCUCUGCUUCUCCAGAACUGAACCCUCAAAUCUCUCAGUUUGCAUCCCCCAUUGUGGAACAACAUCCUUCUACAAGUAGGCUCGCAGAAAGCCGCAGAAGGUCAAUGACAUCAAUCCAGUCACCUCCAAUUCGCUCCGCUUCUUUACACUUCCUGCCACUCGGCAUCACUAGGCGUCGCAGCAAUACCAGCACGACUUCAAAUGGAGUCAACUCGUCGACAACCAUACUGACAUUUACAGAAACAUCAGCUGACGGACUGGUGAGUACUUCUCCAGCCAACUCAGACGCGCCAAAGAUCAAUUCACGCCGCAGCUCGCUCCGAAGAAACAUUUCAACGCCUUCCGUGAUCCAUUCCUCCGCUAUUAGCAACGGAAGUUCAGAGACGCCCCUGCAUCCGCACGGCAGAGGAGAACGGUUCUACCGUCACGCCAACGCCUCUGACUCGAUGAUUCGUUCAAGGCCAACGUCUCCGUUUGAGUCGGGAGGCGACGAGACUAGCACCCUGUUGGACACCAUCAAGCUUGUGCACCAGCGAUCUCACGAUGCCGUUCCUGAGGAUCAAGUGGUGCAAUCGUUUGUGGUAACGAUACCACGGGAAAGCAUCAAUGGUCGGGGUGGAAGGGACGAGAGAACGUAUUCAAUGUCGUCGGUGAGGUCUAAACCAGACAGUAGCCGAACGUCGACUAUCUCGUCACAGAGCACUGGGCGGGAUCUUAACAGCAUCAAACUCACGCGGGUUCGUGAUGAUUGA